AAUAAAUCUCACUUUUCCGUUUGCAGGCUUUUCUGUUUUCGCCAAACACUAACCAACACAAUGGACUGAGGUACACAAAAUAUCAAUUGCGUACCUACCCAUCCCCUCGCCGCCAACAUGUGGCGUCUCGGCAUGGCCGGCGCAAGCCGCCGACCGCUUUCGCCGUUCCGCCCGGCGAUCCCGAUCCGGAGAUGCGCCCGCUGCACACCAACAACGACAACCGUCCCGCGUGCCGCCGCCGCACCCUCCGCCCCCUCCCCCCGCCGUCUCCUCUCGACAAGGACCCCCCCGCGAGCCGUAGGCCCCUCGUCGGGGCCAUUCGAGCCCCUCCGGCCGCCGUCCCCCUCCUCGCUCGGCGCGCCGCGCGCCGCCCGCAGCUUCCGGCGCACCCGGCGCUGGGGCCGGCGCCUGCUGAUCGCGUCGGCCGUCCUCGGGGCGGGCUACCUGGCGGACCGGCAGGUGUACGCGUCGGGGAUCGCGCGGUCGCUGCGCACCUUUGGCAUGGGCCUGCUGGUGGCGGCCGACUACAAGCUCAACUUCCGCCCGGAGCCCUUAUUCGCCGGAAGCAUCCCCGACCUGCACCGCCGCAGUGCCGAGCGCCUGUCCGACCUGCUGCGCGAGAACGGCGGGCUGUAUCUGAAGAUUGGGCAGGCGAUUGCCAUGCAGAGCGCCGUGCUGCCGCCCGAGUUCCAGGCCAUGUUCGCGCGCAUGUUUGAUGAUGCGCCGCAGGACGAGUGGAAGGCCGUGGAGAAGGUGAUACGGGAUGACUUUGGCGGCCGGAGCGUCGAGGAGGUGUUUGGGGUCAGCUUUGCCGGCGUGGAGGGGAAGGGUGUCAUGGAGCGCACUGCGCGAGCCAGCGCGUCGGUGGCGCAGGUGCAUUGGGCAAGAUUGGCCGACGGGAGGGAGGUGGCAAUCAAGAUCCAGAAGCCGGAGAUCGCGAAACAGAUCGGGUGGGAUCUGUGGUCGUUUAAGGUGGUUACGAAGGUGUACACAUGGUGGUUUGACUUGCCGCUAUAUUCCCUGGUACCGUUCAUCACGGAGCGGUUGAUGCUCGAGACCGACUUCGAGAACGAGGCGAAGAACUCCGAGGUCAUGCGCGAACUUGUUAGCAAGGAACCCAGCUUACGAGGGAGGGUUUACGUACCGCCUGUGUACCCCGAGCUGAGCUCCAAGCGAGUCCUUACUACCGAGUGGAUCGAAGGCAUUAGGCUCUGGGAUAAAGAGUCUCUCACCCGACGCUGGCUGGGAGGCCAUGGGAGAGGCUCGAUGGGGGUACAUGGUGCUCAGUUGGAUCCUCCAGACAUGGACGUGAUCCGCCGGGAGCUGCGCGAUAACCCUCAGAGCCAGAAUCUGAAGCCGGAGCGCACAGAAUGGAAGGGGCGCCGUGGAACGGGUGGACUAGGGGUCUCGACGAAGGAGGUCAUGACGACCAUGAUCGACUUGUUUUCGGCGCAGAUCUUCAAGUGGGGUGUUGUGCACUGCGACCCUCACCCCGGGAAUAUCUUCAUCCGCCGGUUACCGAACGGGCUCCCCGAGCUGGUACUAAUCGAUCACGGACUAUAUGUCUACAUGAGUGACAAGUUUCGGCACGAGUAUGGCACCUUCUGGAAAGCUUUGAUGACAUUCGACAACAAGAAGAUCGGCGAGAUCACCCAGGAAUGGGGCAUCAAGGCUGCCGACCUUUUCGCGUCGGCCACCCUUCUCCGCCCGUAUGAAGGUGGGGACCAGCAGCUACAGAAGGGAAUGUUGGGUGCGCUGGACGACAGCAGGACGGCGAGCCAGAAGCACUACGAGAUGCAGAGGCGGAUGAAGCAGGGCAUCCGUGACGUGCUGGCCGACGAGGACAAGUGGCCGAAGGAGCUCAUUUUUAUCGGGAGAAACAUGCGCAUUGUGCAAGGCAACAACGCCUACAUGGGCUCGCCGGUCAACAGAAUCAAGAUGAUGGGCGAGUGGGCGAGCCGGUCGCUGUUCCAGGAUCGGAACCUGCCUCUGCGGCAGAGAAUGGUCAACGUCUGGCAGCAUCUUCUGUUCAAGGCCGUCCUUUUCAUGUCGGACGUCGCCUUUUACUUUUUCAGGUUGAAGCAGCUGCUGGGCCGGAGCGGCGGCCUGGAAGACGAGGUGGAGGCGAGGCUGAAGAGUGUGGCUCAGGAGUUCGGCGUCGAGCUCCAGCAUAAUGUCUUUGAGGGGUAGGGGUGACUGGAACGAGAAGGCGAUCUCCUCACACUCUUCUGUACUUUAACAAUCACAAACACUAGAUUUAGACGCAUAGAUGGAUACCCCUGGUGUUAUACAUUUUACCAGCAUAGUUGC